GGGGAGGGGCGUCAUUCUGAGGAGCCGCCUCGAGCCUCAGGCUGCGGAGGAGGAGGGCAGCCGAGCGGGAACCUGAGCGCGGGCGAGCUGGAGGGUAAGGUGACCGUGCUCCUGUCUGAGACCAGCCCCUGCACCAUCGGCAACCCUUUCUCCUGAUUCUGCAGCCUUUUCUGUACAGCUAAUCCUUUCCACACAGACCAAAGACAGAUGGCUGAUUCUGACCCUGGUGAAAGAAACUAUGACAACAUGCUGAAAAUGCUGUCAGACCUGAAUAAAGACUUGGAAAAGCUAUUGGAAGAGAUGGAAAAAAUCUCAGUGCAGGCCACGUGGAUGGCCUACGACAUGGUGGUGAUGCGCACCAACCCCACGCUGGCGGAGUCCAUGCGGCGGCUGGAGGGCGCCUUCCUCAGCUGCAAGGAGGAGAUGGAGAAGAAUUGGCAGGAGCUGCUCGACGAGACCAAGCGAGCGCAGUAGGCCCGCCCGCCCCGCGCGGCCCCGAGCGGGCUUGGCCGAGUAGCAGCGACCCCGGAGCAGGGCUGUGCGCAGAGCUUGUUUCUCAGUAAACUUCUUUCCAAACACAACCUAAGUACCCUUUCUGUCCCACUCAGCUGCACAUCAGACCUUGUGGACAGCACAUGAGAAGGGCGAGAUGCAGAGGCUCUCGAUGUAGUAGACGUACUCAGUGCCAGUGGUGCCGAACUUAGAAUAAAAAAACAAAAAAGGAGCCAGACGGGGACAAACCAGGUCAGAGGGUGGGACAGGCAGCAGUAUUCCGUCAGAUUUAUUUACCUUCCUACAGUGAGUUCCAAAGCGAGUAAGGGGGAACAUUAGUUAUUCAGUUGUGUAUUUGGGGCACCAGGCUGGGCACUCUCGGGUGUGUCCUUAUGUUCUCACAGCCCCGUUUCAGACAAGAAAAGCAAUGUUAGAUGUCUCUUCCAAUCCACACAGCUAAUAAGGGGCAGAACGAGGGCGAAACCCAGGCCUCGCCUAGGAAGGGGGCUGGCGGGAAGUGGGGCGGGCUUCUGGAGGGGCUGAGCCGGCAGGAGAGACCCCACCAGGCUGCAGAGGAGUAUGAGCUGAGUGGUCCUGCACGGCCUGGGCUGGGGUCUGGGCAGGGGCUAGAGCCAGCAGGGCGCUUUCACAGACAAGGGUUCUAGGCCCUUGAGGUCAGUCAGACAAAAGAGGGCUUCAGAGCUGUUCCAGGGGAGAGCCAGCCAGGCUCCCAGAGGCCUCAGGACAGGUAGAAAGUCCCAGAGGCAAGGAUGUUUUCCUGGGGACUUGUUUGCUCCCUGGUCCCCCUUCCCACCCCCUCGAGGGCUCCUUGCCUGGCCUGGAGCCCCAGGGACAGACCCUAGGAAGCAGAAUGUGUUCUCAGCCAUCUCCUUCCUCGGCUCAGGGGUUGCCAGGCUCCUCAGUGAGCCAAGUCCUGGUGCCCAGGGACACGUCAGGCUCUCGGAGCCCAGGGGUCCCACGGGCAGGUAAUUCCCAGGCAGUGGGGUGGUGCUGUGAGAGAGGAUCUCUGUCUGGAGGAGGGUGGGUGAGCCAGCAGAGGCGCUGGGUAACCAAGGAGGGAAUUAAGUCCUAGAGGAAAGAAGCAGCUUGGGUGUGAUGGGAGGUAGGAUACCAGGCUAGGGACACCCAGCGACCGGCUCCCAGGUGCAGGGAGCCUGAGCUCUGAGGGGAGAGGCUUAGGGGAGGGGAGCGGGUGGAAGGCGGAGUCAGGAGGCUUAUUAGAACAGAAAAGGAAAGUUGUCCCGGGAACAACAGCAGAAAGUUUUGGAUCACAGCCUCCUCCCUGUGCCCCUCCUGCCCUCAGACUCCGCCCCAGGGUCUCCCCGGAGAGCAGUGCUGAAGUCCCUGGUGUUCCAGCAGCCACUCAGAGAGCAGUCUGCAGCGGGUCCACGGGGGGCAGCGUCAGGAUGAAUGGGCAGAGGACCCCUUUGGCCCCCGGGGGAAAAGGCUGUAGCUCCUUGGCCUGGAACUGGGCGGUUCCCUCGGAGACCGUGAAGGUGGCUG